GCGAUGUGCGAUUCCUUUCUUUCGCUCUUGUUCUAAUAAAAUUUAGUGUAAAGUAAAAUAAACACGGUUUGUAAGACUUAUGUAUCAUAAAUACAAUACUAAUAAUAAAAGAGCGGAUUCGGAGGAAUUUGAUUUGAGUACGUGUAAACCAUAUAAAACGUGAGGUGGAGAACCCUGGACCACUGAUGGAGACCCACGUGUCUUCAACCACUGCAGAUGUUCCAGACACGCAGGAGGUAAUUGGUUCACAUGGCAAUGUUGAAAUAGUGGUGGCAGUGGAGAAAGUAGAUGAGGACACACAGCAGAAAGCAGAUUCAAACUCACAAGAUAAUGCUCAGGCUGUGAUGGAAGGAAGUAGUCCCCCCUGCAGUCAAUCUACAAAGACCGAUGGCGUACAUAAGUCACCCCGUAAACAAGAAGCAUUACUACCUCUUACAAGCAAAGAAAUUAAUAAAACUGCUUUGUCUCCAAUUAAAUUAUUGUCAACCAAGCAACCUACUACACAGACAAAUGCAAAUGAAACUCAAACAGCUCAAAGUAAACUGUCAGCCAAGCAAACUACAGCUGUAACACAAAAUACUCCUGAGAAAGAACCACCGGCGCCGGCAGAUGUAGACUCUACAUCUCCAAAAGAUAUCGCGAUGGAUGUCACAUCGGAUGAGGUUGAUAAUAAAAAUGAUAGCACCUUGAAUAUUGAUAUAGAUCCUUCUAAUGAAUCACAGUCAGAAAACAUUGGUGAUGCAGAAAAGGAACAUAAUAAAAGUAUUAGUAGAGAGUUGAAGUCCCUGAUUAACUCUGCUAAAGAAUCUAAAAUUAUUAGUGAAUGUACAAAAUUGACUAGCAAAACAAGAAAAUCUGCAAGAGCUGCUCAAGAUACUUCUAGCACUAAUAUGAAUAAUACUCCUGAGGCUGAUCACAUUCAAGGCAACAGGCGUAGUAGUAGUAAUUCCCAAAAAAGUAAUUCAAGCGAGAAAUCAGAAAGAGUGGGAAAGAGAUCCAUGAGAUCCCAAAACCCAGAAUUUGUUUACAAAGUGAGAAAAUUUCUCAACUCGGUCACAGGAAAGUUUCAAAAAGAUGCAGAUUCUGAUGAAAGUGCUGCAUCUGAUGAAGAAACAGUUGCCCCAAAAAUCAAAGAAAAUGCCACUGACUCCUCUCCCAGCAUUGCCAAGAACCGAAGUCCUACUCAGGAACAGGUCCAAUCUAAAGUAGAUGAAAAAUGUAACAAGCUUCGUUCUGACCCAUAUUGCUGGAGAUGUCAUUGGUCCAUUGACAUGAAUGAUGGGGAGAAAACGCCGCAGCCUUCAUUGAAAUGCACAGUCUGCCCCCGGGCCUUUCACUACAGGUGUCUUACCGGCUCGGAAAAAAAUAAGAUCAGUUCUGUAAAGAAUUGGGUGUGCCCUGAGUGCAUGACAGUGUUACAUGCAGAAAGUUCCGAUACCAGAUCCCUUGCUAUGAAAAAGACAACACUAGGAAUGCUGUGUGAGCUGCUGAAGUACGCUUUGCAGCGCAUGACCGAAGUCGCUGGGUCGGAGCCGUUCCUGCAGAGCGUGGACCGGUCCGUGUUCCCCGACUACGACAAGUACGUGGUGCACCCGAUGGACCUGGCGCUGAUGCGCGAGCACAUCGACGAGGGGCUGUACGGCAGCACCGAGGCCUUCCUGGCCGACGCGCACUGGAUACUGCACAACAGUAUUAUAUUCAACACGUUGCAGUCGAAGCUGACGACAACAGCGCGCGCGCUGGUGCGGUCGUGCCGCGCGGAGAUGGGCGAGAUCGAGGCGUGCCCCGAGUGCUACGCCGCCGCCCACGCGCGCCGCGCCACCUGGUUCACCGACGUCUGCUCCACGCCGCACCUGCUGCUGUGGGCCAAGCUCAAAGGAUUCCCGUACUGGCCGGCGAAGGCGAUGACGGUGAGCCACGCCGGGCUGGUGGACGUGCGGUUCUUCGGCGCGCACGACCGCGCCUGGGUGCCCGCGCGCGAUUGUUACCUCUACUGCGAGCGCGACCCCAACAACUUCCGCACCAAGCGCCAGGACAUGGUCGAGGCCAUGCAGGAAGCAGAGCAGCAUAUUCGCAACAUCUCGCGCAAGUACGACAAGUUCGCGUACGCGCCCUACCGCACCACGUUCGAGGCCUCCAAGCUGGAAGAAGCGCUCAAGUAUAUGAUACCGUCGUUUGACGGGCAGGUGCGGAGCCCGGUGCGCGAGAGGCGGUCGAAGACGCCGGCGCGCGCCCUCAAGAGCCGCUCCAACUCCAAGGGGUCGAAGGAUGACUCUAAUGCCGGGGAUGCAGUUAGCGAUAGUGAACAAAUGGAUACAGAAUCCUCUAAAACUGAAGAAGCUGUGAAAAAUGAAGGAAAGGAAGGAACGGUACCAGUUGAAAAACCCCAGGUGGGCACUCGCAAGCGGGCUCGUUCCGAAACCAAGGGGCCCGUCGAGAGCAGCCCCAAAGAGAAGCGGCGGCUGGUCGACACCCCCGGCAAGGAGCCGGCGCCUAAGAAUACCGACUCGCCCGUCGUCAGCAGCAGCAAGGAGGUCGCGCCCGCGCCCGCGCCCGCGCCCACGCCGCGCGAGCCCGGCGACGCCGCCGACGAGCCCCGCGACCUGGACGCCGGCCCGCCCCCAUCCGACAAAACCGAAGCCACGCCCAAACCCAAUAAAAUUCCCAAAACAAACAGUGUGCCCGCUUCUAAUAAAACACCCGUUCGAUCUGAUACACCAAAAAAUAAUGACAAAGACAAAAGCACACAACCAGCCGAAAAACCUGUUCCUCCAAAUCAAAGAAUUUCGAGGAGUAACAAGCCGAACAACGUUGAGACUAUUGAACUGGACGAAAAUACUCCAACUACGACCACCUCAAACAAGACGCCCGCGUCGCCGGUCACCAUCACGGCCAAAACUCCUAACAAAAUAUCCUCGAAAGAAUCUGUUACUAUAACUAAAGUCAACGACAAAGAAAAAAGUUCAGAAUCUGCAGUCCUUAUUAAAAUUAACGACAAGAGUAACAAAGAUGCUUCGUUGACUAUUACGGUAAAUGCUAAAGACAAAGUUACCGAAGCUGCCACGUUAACUAAAAUAACUGACAUCGUGAAACAGACUCAUAAUCAAAACAAAAUAAAGGACACGGAGACCGAAACCGCGACGCCCAACAAAGAUAGUGGCAAAGAAAAGGUGACAACGGCUACACCUAAUAAAACUGCUGCCAAAGCAACGCCCAGUACCAAAAACAUCGGUAGCGAAAAAACUAAUAAAGAUGGCCCUAUAGCUCCUAGUUCAACUACUAAUAAAACAGCAAGCGAUUCAAAUGUCAGCAAUAACACCGGAAAAAUUAACGCGAAACAAGAUAAACCUGCUGAUAAACUUACAGAUACCAGCGCAGAGGGUAAAAAGAUAGCCGAGAAGGAAAAAAGUGCUCCAGUAAAGAACGCUUUUUCACCCAAACCAGGCACUUCUAAGGUGAUAAAAGCUACUAAAGACAGAAUACAGUACGACGAUGACACAAACCUAGCAGUAGUGGCUCGUAAAGUGCCGAAGACUAGCAGCAACAGCGAAGUGUCCGCCGGCGCGGCGGCCAGCGGCGGCAAGGCCUCGGCCGCGAGCCCCGCGGCAGACGCGGCAUCCGCGCCGGCCGCGCCGCCCGCCACCCGCUCCAAAACCGCGCCCAUUACGGUCGAGGUCAACCCCGACUCUAGUAUUUUCACGCCCACCAGCACAGAUAACGUGCGCAACAUGAAAGAUGCAGUAAACAAGCUACAGAAACUGAGAAGCGGAUUCGAUCCGCCAGCAAAUUCGCAAGUCGGCAAAGUCGGUGUACGAGCUUUCGCCAGAAUGACGUCUCCGCCCGAAAAACAGGCGAAAUCGAACGAUGUCGUAGUGGAAAUUAAAUCUGAACCGAUGGACUAUGAAGAUUGUGAUGCUCCGCAAGAAACGUCAACCGUACUGGAGUCUCUGAGGCCGCGACCGAUCGCCCCGGUAGUUUCGGCUCCUAAUCUACGCGAAGUGCGUAUUAGCAAAGUGAUUUCGGUACCGGCGGCAGCGAAAAAGUCUCCGAAACCGCCGGACGUCAGGCCGCGCGCCAAGAAGACUUUCCCGCAGCCGAAAAAACCCGACGACGGGAGGUCGGAGUUGACUAAUAAGAACUCGAUGGUGUACAUUCCCAUCCAGCCGCCCAUCUCGCAGUCUCCCGUGCGCGGCGCGCUCAAGGCGGCCAACUCUGCCACGGCCGCGCCUCCACGGACACCCACGCUCUUCCCUACAACAAGCGUGAAGAGCGUGAGUGCGAUGGCGCCGCCGCUGCUGCCGAUGGCGCCGCCACCGCCGCCGCCGGCCACGACGGCCACGGCCACGAGCGGCGUGGCCGGCGCGCUCCUGGCGCCCGCCUUCCCCGCCGUGCCCACCACCGUGCACACCGUGCCGCUCAUCACCUCCGUCAACGGCCAGUGGACCUUCAGCCUGCAGCCGGUCAUGUCGGUCGGCGCUGGCGAGACCAUAACGUCAGCGACGGUGAACGGCGUGAGCGAGCGCGCGUCGCCGGCGGCGAUCGCGCCCGCUCCCGCGCCGCCGGCCGCCACGGCCACGCAGCCGCCUGCGCUCGUGCCCACGGGCGCGCCCGUCAACCCUCCCCCGGCCCCUCCCGCGUCCGGUGCCACCGCCUCGCCCGCCAGUGAGCUACCGCCGCCCCCGCAACUGCAGCAGCGGCCGGCGCUGCAGCACCCGCUGUCGGCGGGCACUGAAAUAGGCGAGCUGACCGCGCCCUCCUCCGCCGGCCCGCUCACCGCCAAGCUCAACCACAACUCGCUCAAGCUGGCGGAGUUCUUCCGACACCUGCUGGAGGAGUCGCUGGUGCAGGUGGAGGAGCCCGCGGCGGAGACGGCGGCGCUGCGGCUGCAGCUGGAGCAGGAGCGCUGGCGUUACCAGCACGAGCUGGCCGAGCUGCGCCGCACUAACGAGGUGGCGCUGGUGGAGGUUCGAGCGGCGAUGGACAAGGAGAAGACGCGCGCCGUGGCCGAGGCGCGCCGCCUCGCGCACCAGGAGCUGGAGGCCGCCGUCAAGAACGCCAAGUCCAAGCAAUGGUGUGCCAACUGUAGCCAAGAGGCGCAGUUCUACUGCUGCUGGAACACGUCGUACUGCGACUACCCGUGCCAGCGCGCGCACUGGGGCCAGCACUACGCGCACUGCACGCAGCAGCGCACGAAUGCGUCCUCGCCGCCCACAGUGACCGCCAAGAGCUCGACAAACACCCGGACGUUGAACUCUGAACAAGCCCAGAACAAGUUUCCCGUUGCCGUGAGCGCCGCGGAUGAAGGCAACGCGCACUUGUCGACGAAGAGCGCGGGCGCAGCGCAGCAGGCCGCGCUCCCGACGCAUGCCGCGCCCCUCCUAGCCAACAAGCAGUUGAUAAAUAAUGAUGACAAUGCGGCCAAGCGAGUGGUGUCGUCGGGCGGGUUUCUGAUAGUGGGCGCGGCGGCGGCGGCGGCGGCCGGCGCGGCCCGCGCGCGCCGCGACUGAGGCACGCUGUCCACCACCGGCGUCUACCUCCUCCGCUCCUCUCAGCUACACCAGCGGAGGGCCGUGUAGAUAAUGGUGUGACACACUCCACUUGAAACUGUUCAAACGUGCAUUGGCAUUUUUACGCUAAAGUUCGAUCUAUUUCUGUCGAUUAAGACUUGAAACUUCCCUAUUAUUUAAGAUAAACUGUACAGUGAUUUACUAACAUAUUGUUGCGGAAAUUACGUAUAGACUAAGUGAACUCGACUGACAUUGUGUAAAGAUUGAUAGUGACUUGUGAUGGCUUGGUGGGGCCGUGGCAGGCCCGGCCAAAUCCUAAAGCGGCCCUUUAAGAAUUAUUGGUAGUAAUUUGAUGUUUUUUUUGUUGUACAUUUACGUAUUUUUUAAAGAACGUUGUGAUAUCGUUCGGGAUAGUACAUGAUUUACUUUGAAAACACUAUCUAUAUGAUUAAUUGUACCUAUGUUAGAAUUAUCUUAAAAAUCGAAAAGUUCAAAAUGAGACUAGAUACUGAAGUGUUUUCAAAAGAAUUAAUAAUUUUGAAUUAUUAAUACGUGUAUCACACACUGAAAUGUAAUUACACGCUACUUUCGUAGGUUUGUAUAUAUAUAAUUACCUAAAUGUAUAAUGUUUCGUAUAAAACGAAACCAAUUAACGACUUUGCAUAACACUACGGCGAUGCGCCAAUUCGAUACUAAUAUGAUAGAUAUCAGACGCGACAGUAAUAUGAUAGAUAUCAGAUUGUUGGGCGCGGAGUGAUGACCCGCUGUCGCGUGUCGGUUGGAGCGGCGCGGCGACGUGAACGCGUACUUGGGUACGGUGAUCUCUGCCCGACUAACUUCAAUAAUGAGGAAUGAGUGCUUU